UCACCAGUAGAGCGGUGCUUUCAAGCUGUGGCCAUGGACUGGGGAGCCGGCAUUGUGGUGGAAGCAAACACAGCCGAAGAAGCAGAAGAGUUGAAAGAGGACAUUUUACAGAAAGCCGCGUUGCUUCGCAAGUUCGACCUUGUAGAGGAGCCAUUCACGCCUCAAGGCGAUGAUGAGGAGGAGAACUACUUCAUCGUAGUCAAAGACGAGCUUGAGAAGUUGGACACGGAAAGCACCUUGGAUGAAGAUGCGAUGCUCAGACUUCUGGAUGUCCCUGAGGCAGCUGGCUUGACAGCUCUGCCGGAGGAUGUCGUUGUCAUCCACCAGAAUGACUUCCCCUCAUUGUACUCACAGAUCAGGGCGUUUUUGGACAGCGCUGAGGACUCUGACUCAGAGGAGCACUCGGGAGAGGAAGGACAAGAGGUCUCCAGCUGUACAUAGAAAAAAUCAAGCGAUGUCAAAA